AUGCUCUCAUCAUUAUUAAAGUUUAUUUUAUUAAUAUCAUUCAUAACAAUGUUAGUAGCAAAAGGAAUAUGGCCAGCCAGAGAACUACGUAGUAUUGAUACUGUAGCGGAGUUCGAUAAUUCAGCAACGAAUGGCAGCUAUAUUCAAGGAACACCAUCAGAAGAAGGAGAAAAAGAAACAAGUAGUCGUUUCAAACGUUGUAGACAAUGUCCAAUACCAAAUGAAGGCGACUGUUGCCCAGGAAAAUAA